AUGCGCCACCAUCUCGCCUUCCCAGCCCUCCUUCCUCUCCUCUCCUCUCUCGCUCUCACCAAAGCUGCCCCAGCAUGCUCCAGAUCCCAAUCUACUGCUGCUUCCGCGGCAGCUUCAGGGGCUGUAGCAGUCCAAGAAGACCCAAGCGGUGACGUCUAUCUCGCUACUGGCGAUGUCCAGAGUACGGCUGGUCAGGCGUCUUCAGUGAAUGCAGAGGCGGCAGCUGCUUCGAGCAGGACUUCUGUCGACUCAAAGUCGGUGGCUUCGAGUGCGGCUGCUAUGACGCCUUUGAGCUCUGCCGCCACCUCUGCAAAGUCUUCCGCUGCCAAGACUUCCGCUACGUCUGUAAAGACUUCUGCAGCUGCAUCUGCAACGAACGCUUCCAGUACCGGCAACGCCACGACUUCAUCCUCCAAGAUGGGCGUCAGCUGGCCGAUACAAGAGAUCCAAGCUGCGCCCGUCGCCAAGUUCUUUACCGAUUCUUCUACUGUAUCGUGGUGGUUUGAUUGGAACAAGAAUUGGGACCAAGGUAUUUUGACGUCAGAUGGGACUUCCAUCUCUGGUGAAUUCAUCCCCAUGUUGUUUGAUACGACAUUCCUCGACGAUUCGUCCACGUUGCAAGACGGUUUCACCGAGCUGAUGGGGUAUAACGAACCGGAUCUCAAGUCGGAUACGGGUGUGUCCGACUAUAUCGACGCUGCAGUCGCUGCAGGCCUGUGGAAGACCCAAGUCGCGACCCUCCGCGCCAAAUACCCCGACAUCAAAAUCCACUCCCCCGUCAUGGCCUCCUCCCAAGACUGGCUCUCCACCUUCUUCUCCACCAUCUGCCCUUCCGCCUCCGCCUCCAACGCCUGGGAAGGGUGCGAUGCCAAGCCGGACUAUGUGUCGAUGCAUCUGUAUACGACGGAUGUGGAUGAUUUCAAGACGCAGGUGAAGGAGUUUCAUGACACAUUUGGGUUGCCGUUGGUUUUGAGCGAAUUUGCUUGUUAUAGUUUUGGGGAUGAUAGUGGUUGCUCGGAAUCGGAGGCGAGCACGUUCAUGGCGGAGACGACCAAGUGGCUAGACCAACAGGACUGGGUUAUAAAGUAUGCCUGGUUUGGUGCGGUGAGGGACUCAGAGUAUCUCUAUGGCGUUUCCGAAUCGAACAGGUUGAUGGAUACUUCUGGCGCGUUGACAGCACUUGGAAAGCAAUAUAUCAACGGUGGCCAGACAGCUUGA